UUGAAAGCACGUGCAGCGAGUGGAAGUCGUGCAUCUAAGGACAUGUGUAUCUUUCACAAUUGAAAUCUCCUAUGAAGCACAGCGGACUACAGCGGGACCUCUCACUGUCAUUUCUUUGAAGUCCCGGAUACUUUGGAAUUGUGUUCAAGCAACUGCGAUGUGGAAGAUCAAUACACUUCUCUGUUUGUCCCUUCUGACGAGUGUUGUGUCACAACUACGAUGGGAACGUAUUCACAGCGGCGCCACUCCGUCCUCACCGUCUCCCCGUCGCGAUGUUGCAAUUGGUUUUCAUACAGCAACAAAUCAAGUGAUUAUUUUCGGAGGUCGACCGGGUCCACUUGACGACACAUGGAUAUUCAACGUGACAGAAGGGAAAUGGCGUGAGGUUGUUGCAAGUGUUCGCCCAGCUCAGCGUUACACAGUCGUGGGUGGCGUCAGCGGAGACUACUUCUACGUGACGACGGGGGAAGGCAGAAACAACACGUUUUAUAACGACAUCUGGCGUUUCCACAUGAUACGUGAAGAAUGGGAGGAGCUUCCAGCUCAGAAACGUCCGCCCUACAUAAGCGGCCACGACUGGGCAACGUUGUCGAAGACGUCAUUCCGACCGGAGGCACGAUACGGCUCCGGGGGUGGGAUAUUCCCCGGGGGAGGCAGGAUGUAUGUGUCUCAGGGGUUUUCCAACGUUCGAUACUUCGAUACUUUUACCUAUGACGUCAACGCUCUCGGUUGGCAGAGGGAGCACUGUGCCUCGUGUCACCCCUACGACCCCCGUUACCCCCACGCUCGAUGUCUCCAUGCCAGCACCACCAUCAGCAACGACGAACUGGUCAUAUUUGGGGGCUGUCUCAGUGGUGGCGGAAGUGGAGGGCCUUGUCCAAGUGGGGAUUCCUGGCUCUUUGACAACAGGCUGAAAACAUGGCGGAAACUCGACAACUGCGCAACCCCAAGGACCUACGCCAGCAUGGCUGAGCUUCCCUCCACCUAUGGGAGACGGAGGGUUGUCCUGUACGGCGGUUUUGAAGAGGGAGAACAGGUUCUCAUUACAAACCCAAGCGGUAAAGAUGUCGUGGCUGUUCUGUCGCCCGAGACGGGUAAAUGGUCUCAGAGGAAGACAACUGCUGUAGACGAGGUCAUCUCUACACCAGGCAGAAGAGCUUCAACUGGGAUGGUGACAGGCAGAUCUGGGAUCUUUAUGUUCGGGGGAGUGGACAUAAACAUGAACGCUCUUCUCAGCGACCUCUGGUUUCUUCGCGGAAACGCGCGAGAUGCUGACCACUCCGAGGAAGUGGCCUGUUCGAUAAACUUCGUCAAUUUGAUAACCAUCCAUGGGGUCUUGAUGGUGAUUGGCUGGGGUGUGUUCCUACAGUGGGGAGCGUUUGUUGCACGAUAUAUGAAGUUCAAGAGCGGGCUCUGGUUUUACGUGCACGUAUUCUUUCAGGUAUUUGGCUUGUGCUGUGUGGUCGCGGGACUGGUGUUCAGCAUUCUUUCCGUACAGUUCGACCACUUCAAGUUUACCCAUGCGAUCAUUGGCCUCGUCGCUACCACCCUGGCAGCUCUGCAACCUCUCAAUGCUCUCAUACGUCCCCUUAAAAUCCCCGACAACGAUGACACAAAGACUCAGCGGCGACGGGUGUGGGAAUGUAUCCAUCAUUUCGGCGGCAGGUGCGCGCUCCUCCUCGCCUUCAUCAACAUCUCCCUCGGCGUGUUCCUGGGCGUGGCCCAGAUGGUCAUCUGGGCGCUAUGGUUCUCCUACCUUGGCUUCAUUGUCUUUGUGUAUGGAAUGGCCGAACUGUGUCGGUCAGUCUACGGGAGGAGACGGGUAGAUACCCUUGGGGACAGUGACCCUGUGGAGAAAACGAAGUACAACUUUGUAGAUAUUCCCAAAGAACCGCCAACAGAUUACAUCACUGGGGAAACCAACGGUCUCUAGGUUAGACUAUGGUGUGUGUUCCAGCUGCGAUUAGACUUGUUGAAUGAUGUCAAAGGUUUCAUGUCCGACUCUUCUUGCGUGGUUUAUGUAUCCGCUGAUCAAAAGUGUGGAAUAAAAUACACAUUUUUAUAAAUGUC